AAUUAUUAGUUGAUUAAUGUAAAUCUGAAAUCUGUGAAAUCUGAAAUUGUAAUUAUACAGAUAUAUUUCUAUAUUUGUCUAAUUUUUAACAUGUUUAUAUGUAUAUUUGUUGAUAAAGGCGUCACUAUAGCUACUAACUUGUAUUACUGAAUAUUAUUAUUUCAUGAAUCAUUCGACUAAGAAAGAAGCAACAUUUUACAAAUGAUACGAUGAAACUUGAAAGCCAUUAGUUCUAAAAUAGGAAAUCUCAGCUAUAAAUCGCCGCGAUCCCUACUCCGAUCAGAGAUACGUGGGGGGGUUUCCGAGGUGCGAGAUAUUCUUCCAACCUUACGGGAUGACCUUCCCGUAGGAAGCUGGUGGGGAUGCUGGGAGGUCCUUCUCUGGACCACAGACACGUGCCACUUGUCAUACUUUCGGAAGUACUUGCUUUCGGACGGUUCGAAGGAGAUUAGUACGAGAUCAGGCGUGAUCGAUCAAGAAAUGUGUGUUGAACCACUUACAAGUUGACUCGCAGAUAAUAUAUUCUUUGCUAUAUAAAAUAUUCCAUCGAUUGAAAAGUAGAAAAUCAUUUGAUUUCGAUAUGUGGUGAUAAACAAUGGUUCGACAGAUUAUAGCUAAGUCAAAAAACACCAAUUGAUUUACGUUAACAAUUGUGAAAUCUAAAGAAGAAAGACACGUGAAAGAAUCACCGGAAUUACUUCAGUUCUCAUCAAAUAUAAAGUGCGUGAAUUUAAAUUAUUGCUGGAACGUAUGCCAUCGUCUGAAUGAGAUCAGGAUCGUCGAUUGUAGCCGAGAUCGAUGAUUUUUCACAAGAUGGAACUCUAUCAAAACCGCGAGAAAAUGAACGAUACCGUUUAUGAUCUUCGUCGGACACGAUCACUUCCAUGUGAGAACGAAGCCUUUUCAAGCAACAUCGAAAGAGGCUGCAUAUCACCGACCGUUAAUAGAGAGUCCCUCGAGUAUGCAUCCGAUUCCAGCUGCGAGGGUUACAGGGAAUUUCAGAAACAACAAACCGAGAGAAGAAAUUCAUCCCCGAUUGCAGCGUCCAGUGCUUUCACUAUCGACAGCAUCCUUGGGAGAAGUGAAAAAAGAGAAAUGUCGAGAAUAAACAAUACCGGUGAUAAAGAGGAAGAGCAAGACGACACAGAAGACAGGAUAGAGGGACACUUUGUCAAGCCAACCGCGAUACCAGCUACUCGUUCUGAUAUAGAAGGGAGCUUGUAUACUCAUGCGGGAUUGCCGUAUUCCGAAAGUGCACUACCCGAUCCCUCAGCAUAUUCUGCAACAUCACUUGCAUCAGCCUCAUUACUAUAUAGUAGUUGGUUUGCUCAAACAAAGCCUGGACAGCUGUUUGGUUUACAAGCACCCAAACCGAGUGGCAGGAGGUCGAGAAAACCGGGUAUCGAUCGGAAACCGCGUCAAGCUUACAGUGCAAAGCAACUAGAAAGACUUGAGGCAGAGUUUAAGAUCGACAAGUAUCUCAGCGUGAGCAAGCGGAUGGAGCUGUCCAAGUGCUUGAAUCUCACUGAGGUGCAGAUCAAGACGUGGUUUCAAAAUCGCCGCACGAAGUGGAAGAAGCAGCUCACGUCCAGGCUGAAGAUCGCGCAAAGGCAGGGAUUGUUUCCACCGACGUAUUUCCCGACCACCCAGUAUCCUCUUCUUCCAUACUACGCGGCGCCUUUGAUGUUCGGCGCCCCUUUGUCGGAUGACGCGAAUUCUAGUUUGCCGACCCGACCCGCCGCCGUAUCGUCUUCAGAUACGGUCUGACUCAGUACAGACUCCAACUACUUGGUCGAUCGUCGGCCGAACGACCGCGAAGUGCAAUAAGACCUUCCGUUGGCCAUUGCGAAGUCCUCGGUGUUGCAUUUUUCUUUUCUUCUUCUUUUUUGUGCUACUUUGUACAGAUAUGUUUACUCGAAAUUACCGUUGGCAUAAUUGUAAAAAAUCUAUGUCAACAUAAAAGUUUGCGAAACCAUCUUUUUCAAUUAUAAUGUAUCUUUUUAUGGGAAUAUUGGCAAACAAUUUUUUAUACAGAUGUGAUAUGUUUUUAAUUUGCUCGUGACUUUCUACGUAUCUAGCGAUAGUGAAAUAACAUCUUAUUCAGAGAAACAGUAACAAUCGCAUAAACGACUUCUUCAAAUUGUCAACUGUUUCCUGGACCGAUUAUUUUUCUUGUAUAUAAGUGCGAUAACUGGUGAAUUGAUGUAACACCUUACGGGGAUCGUAUGAAAAAUAGAUGACUGAAUUUACUCGUA